AUGCUCAUGAAGUACAUGUCCCUCGACCAGAAGGGUCGUGUCCAGGCCGAGUACAUCUGGAUUGACGCUGUCGGUGGCUGCCGCAGCAAGACUAAGACUCUCUCCAAGCCCGUCAAGUCCGUUGAUGAGCUCCCUGAGUGGAACUUCGAUGGUUCCUCGACCGGCCAGGCUCCCGGUGACAACUCCGAUGUGUACCUCCGUCCCGUUGCCAUCUACCCUGACCCCUUCCGCCUUGGUGACAACAUUCUCGUUCUCUGUGAGACCUGGGAUUCCGAUGGUACCCCCAACAAGUUCAACUACCGCCACGAGGCUGCCCGUCUGAUGGAGACCCACGCCAAGGAGGAGUUCUGGUUCGGUCUGGAGCAGGAGUACACCCUCCUCGGUGAGGACGGCUGGCCCUACGGCUGGCCCAAGGGUGGUUUCCCCGGUGCUCAGGGCCCCUACUACUGCGGUGUCGGUACCGGCAAGGUCUACUGCCGUGACAUUGUCGAGGCCCACUACCGUGCCUGCCUGUAUGCCGGUAUCAACAUCUCCGGUAUCAACGCCGAGGUCAUGCCCUCCCAGUGGGAGUACCAGGUCGGCCCUUGCGAGGGUAUCGAGAUGGGUGAUCAGCUUUGGAUGUCCCGCUUCCUCCUCCACCGUGUGGCUGAGGAGUUCGGCGUCAAGAUUUCCUUUGAUCCCAAGCCCAUCAAGGGUGACUGGAACGGAGCUGGUCUCCACACCAACGUCUCCUCUGCUGCCAUGCGCGCCGAGGGUGGCAUGAAGGUCAUCGAGUCCGCCAUGAAGAAGCUCGAGGCCCGCCACGUCGAGCACAUUGCCGUCUACGGUGAGGGCAACGAGGAGCGUCUCACCGGCCGUCACGAGACCGGCAGCAUCGACAAGUUCAGCUACGGUGUCGCCGACCGUGGUGGCAGCAUCCGUAUCCCCCGCCAAGUGGCCAAGGAUGGCAAGGGUUACUUCGAGGACCGCCGUCCCGCUAGCAACGCUUGCCCGUACCAGAUCACUGGUAUCAUCGUCGAGACUCUCUGCGGUGGCGUCUAA